ACUACAGAGGAAACAAUGAGCUCAACACAGAAGGACCAACAUGGAGCGAGAAGUCAGCGCUCUCAGGAGGCCGACAAACCUCACAGAAGAAAGGGACAUAAAACAUACACCUGUGACGAGUGUGGGAUGGGUUUUAUUGAUAAGACUUCACUAAACCGUCAUCAGGUCAUCCACACUGGAGAGAGACCGUUCAGCUGUGACAUGUGUGGAAAGACUUUUUCCAGGAAGGGUUCCCUAAAAAGACACCAACUCAUCCACAGUGGAGUUAAAGCGUACAGCUGUGAUCAGUGUGGCAGAGCUUUUACUCACAGUAGCUACUUACAGAAGCAUCUAGUUACCCACUCUGGAAUUAAGGCAUACAGCUGUGACAUUUGUGGAAAAACCUUCAGCCGGAUUGAGAGCAGAAAUAGACACCUACGCAUUCACACCAGACAUGAUGUGUACUGCUGUGAUCAGUGUGGCAAAGAGUUUAUAACAGACACACAGUUACAAAGCCACAUGUUUACCCACACUGAGGAGAGACCUUGUAAAUGUGACCUGUGUGAGAAGAUGUUUAAAGCUCCACGUUACCUGAGACGACACCAACAGAUCCACACCAGAAAGAGACUCUCUAAGCGCAGUUACUGUGAGGACCAACAUGGAGAGAGAAGUCAGCGCUCUCAGGAGGCCGACAAACCUCACAGAAGAAAGGGAGAGAAAAAACACACCUGUGACGAGUGUGGGAUGGGUUUUAUUGAUAAGACUUCACUAAACCGUCAUCAGGUCAUCCACACUGGAGAGAGACCGUUCAGCUGUGACAUGUGUGGAAAGACUUUUACCCUGAAGGGUUCCCUAAAAACACACCAACUCAUCCACAGUGGAGUUAAAGCGUACAGCUGUGAUCAGUGUGGCAGAGCUUUUACUCACAGUAGCAGCUUACAGAGUCAUCUAGUUACCCACUCUGGAAUUAAGGCAUACAGCUGUGACAUUUGUGGAAAAACCUUCAGCCGGAUAGGGUACCGAAAUGCACACCUACGCAUUCACACCGGACAUGAUGUGUACUGCUGUGAUCAGUGUGGCAAACAUUUUACAACAGACGCACAGUUACAACAACACAUGUUUACCCACACUGAGGAGAGACCUUAUAAAUGUGACCUGUGUGAGAAGACUUUUAAAGCUCCACGUCACCUGAGACUACACCAACAGAUCCACACCAGAAAGAGACUCUACAAGUGCAGUUACUGUGAGAAGCAGAGCGACACAGAUGGAUCCAGUUCUCAACCCUGUCAUCACUGUUGAGGUGAAAAAGACUUUCGCUGUGACCUUUGUGGAAAAACUUUCAGUUACCAAGAAACCCUAAAAAUACAUCAACAUAAACACACUGGAGACAAACUGAACUACUGCAAAGAAUGUGGGAGAAGCUUCACCACGUUAAGUGGAUUAAAACGACAUGAACUCAUUCACAGUGGGGUUAAAAAGUACGUCUGUGAUCAGUGUGGGUCAUCUUUCAUUACUGCAAGUGGGCCUAAAACACACAAACGAGUCCACACAGGAGAGAAACCAUACAAGUGCAGACACUGUGACAAAAGCUUCUCACGAUCAGAUCCUCUGAGCCGCCAUGAACAUACACACAUGGAAGGAAACUACAGCUGUGACCAGUGUGACAAGAGCUUCAGGAAUCUCAGUUCAUACUCCAAACACAAACGAUCCCACGUUACUAAUAAACUGUUUCACUGUUACCAAUGUGCCAAAACAUUCACUUCAUUAUCUGCUCUGUGCAAACAUCAGUGUAAGAGACAGAAAGGUCCUCUUCUGGUUUCAAGGUCAGACUCAAAUCCCUUGAGAUCAGGCUCCACAGAGUUCAGUUUGAAUCUCCUGUAAAGAUCUGAUGAGGCAACUAUGAAUGAAAAUGGUUCUCUAGUUCCAUUUUAAGCUUUCUAAACUGUUCUGCUUCAGAGCUCAUGUCGAGUGGUUUGCUUUGUUCCAGCAUUUGGAUGAAGAAGUUUGAGCUGUGAUUUCAUUUCCUAUAUUUCAGAAUAAAGACUGAAGUGACAAAUGGAAACAUGUUUACAGUCAGAGUGAGAUGAACUGUGUUCAGUGGCACAGAUGGAGGUUUAUCAGAGGAGGAGACUUGGCUGUUCUCCCCUCACACUGAACAGGGUUCCUGCAGCUUAUUAAAAAUCUGACCUGAAAGUUAUUAAAAAUUUCCUUGUAACACUGAGUUACAGUAGGGGGGCUGCUCCGUAAUCCAGUUCAAUCACACAUCUCCUGACAUUAAACAUAAGCUUAUUUAAUAACGAGGAUCUCUUUUUGUCCAGAUUUUUAUUCAGAGGCAGCAACUUUGGUAAGAAUUGACCCGGAUCUUUACAGAUCUUACAGUUUAGUAUCAAGUUCAUUUUCUUGUUGAUGCAGAGCCAGAAUUUAGACAUUUUUAGACAAUCCCAUAAAAGAUGCAUAUAAGUGCCAUCUGCUGUUUUAUAUUUGAGAAAAAAGGUUGAAAGAGCUUUAAAAUCUUUUAUUUUUCCUUUAACUUGCUGUAGGUAUUAAAACUUGUGAUUUUGUGUUUAAGAUGUUGAAACAAUUAAUUUUGGGAAUUCAUUUUUUAAAGUUGUGGUUUCAUUCAAGUUCAUCAACGUUUUCCUCAUACAAGGUGGGAUGUUCUGAAAGCUGAACAUUGCAGAGAUUGAGACCCAUUAGACCAGGCAGCAUUUUUCAAUCUUAUAUUGUCCUGAGCUGUGGCCUCAGUUUCACUGGAAGUUGAACCCAAGUACGGUCUCCAGGUCUAUGGACCUGCCUGUCCUCGAGGAAUACAGGUACAGAUCUUGGACAGGGAGGAACGCUGGUUUGAGACCAGAGUCAAGGAGACCAUUUACGUCAAAAGGGAAAGACUCUGAAUCAAGGAGGGGGCCUAAAGGUACAUUUAUUUCCUUUGCAACGUCCAUUUAAAUUUCCAUUUAAACACAGACAAGUAACUAGAUUAAGCACAGUAGGAAAUGGUUUGCCCCUUCUCAUCAGCAACACCUGGACAGAAUUACCCUUGACCUUAAAUAACCCCGUACCUACCUCUGCCAUAACCAGUACAUAAAAUGAAAUACAACCCUCUAGUGAUGAUAAAGACAGGGAAAUAAGAAAAAUGGCUCCUACACACCAGCUCCUAAUUACAUGAGACAGAGGACAUAGCAAUUAUUGAACUUAAAGGAGCCAUGAUGAAUUCGGCUUUAUUAUGUGAUAAGAACAAGUAGUCUGAUGUCCUGUAAUCAUGAUGAUGAUAAAAUUAGAUACAAUAAAUAAAAUAAGUUUUUGUACAAAGUAUCGGUAUCGGUUCAGUAUCGUCGAUACCACCCUGAAUUUUACUUGGUAUCGGAUCAGAAAGGAAAUCAGUGGUAUCGCACAUCACUAGUCAUGAUACAUCAAUGCAAUAUGCAUAAGAGGGCAAACCAUGUUUCAUUUAUACGUCAUUCUACCAGUAAUCUAGUUCAUCAGUUUGUAGCUUCACAAAACAAAAAGAAAUCUAUUUUGUUACCAGAUAAGAGAGGCCAGACCUUUCUUAUCCUCUGUGUUUAAUCUGGACCUUGGGACAGGUAAGAGCAUCUGAUCCACAGACUUCAGUGAUCUUGCAGGAGUGAACCAAUUUAAAAGCUCAGAAAGGUUUGAGGGUGCUAACCCAUGCAACGCUUCGAAAACACAUAAUAAAAUCUUAAAAUGAAUUCAAAACCUAACUGGCAGCCAGUGUAAGGAUGCCAGUAUGGGAGAUAUCUAGUCUCGGUUGCAUAAGAUAACCUUAGUAGUCCCACGUGUGGGAAAUUUGUUUUGUUUCAGCAGUGGACAGUGCAAAGUUGCAUAGAAAAAUUUGAGAAAAAACACUGGAAUAAUAUAUCCAUAAGAUACACAAUAGAAUAAAAUGAAAUACAAAUGCUAUUUACAAUUGAGUAUAAUACAACAAUGCCAGAAAGAGUAUUGCACAUUAGUGUUAUUGCACAUGUGUGGGUUUGUGUGUGUUUGAUCAGUUGAAGUCUUUGUUGUGGAG